AUGAUCAAUAGUUCUUCUUCUUUCAUUCCACAACAGACUCCACAAGCUACAGGUAAACAAGACGAAAAUUAUUAAUGCUCAAUCAUAAGUUUACAUACUGUGAUCUCCAUGCAUAUCAACAACAAUUAUUUUCAUUUUUCGGUUAUAGUCACAGCAGCCGCUUUUGUCUCUUCUUGCAAGGAACAAUUCCAGAUAGACACGUAAGGGACUUAAUCGUUUAAUUUCUAGUUAAAAAGCCUUCGUAUUGUGUAUAAAUUUGUUUUUGGGAAAUGAAAAUAAAUGCUUCGUAUAUAAGUAAAAUAUCCUUAUCGUAAUCUCAUAUUUACGCUCUCUGGGCUUAAAGCAUUUACUGAUAUCAAGCCGCCCGGCCUUAAGUUUAAAGAUUCCUACCGCUGCACUGUUGAAAUCGGCUUAAUAUCUCGACUUUUUUCGCGCGGCUUUAAAAAUGUUUGAGUUAACAACUAAAGUAAAAUGUUAUGCAUUUAGAGCCUUGGACUUUUUCAAAACUAUACAAAUGAUUAGGUGCUAGAUUCCUGGUAUUUUAAUAUUAAGACUACAGUCCUUUCCAGAGGAUGUCGAAGACUUUGAGGCACCAUAACCACACUAUUAUAUACAGCUCGCGCUAUGUUAAAAAAAAAUACAGAAGAAAAAAGUACAAAACAGGCUAAUUUCUCAAAACUAAAUAACUAAUUCGCGUGAACACAACAGUAUCUUUCACAAAGUUGCUGACUGUAAAGUUUUCCGGGUGGAUAUCAUUGCCAUCAAUGCUAAUCUAAGUCUUCCAUUUUCCCUUUAAGAACAUAUUGAUUCUUGGCAAAAUACUAUCACGAAUUUUGCACGUUUUUGGUAGAAGAAAAUAUAGACUCCACCGCUGGCUUUUUUUAAAAAACGUCAAAGACUUUGCAACUGUCUUUUUUUUUUUUUUUUUUUUUGGAGAAUUGUCUGUUUUGCCCUUUUUGUUCAUUCAAUAUAUAUAUAUAUUUAUUCCAUGCUGAGGGUUAAAAUAGUUUAUGUCAGUGCAGGUACAAAUGUCCUGCAUUUAUUUAAAGUAUUUUGUAGCUCAUCAAGCUCUAGCAAUGAGGAGAAGUGAAAAACAAAAUAGAUGAUGAUCUUAAAUUAAUUGAAUUAAAACCUAACUGGUGGUUUUACAAAUGAAAAUUUUAGCCUAACAAAAACCCAGGUUCUAAUACGCGGGCUAACAAGCUCAUCGGAAAAUUAAUUGAAUUAAAUGGUAUUCUGUUCAAAGGUGCUCGAUUCUGUUCAAAGGUGCUCGAUUGCACAGGUCUUAGGUGAAAAUAGUCUCAAAUAAAGUUACUUGCUGCAAAAGUGUUUUCCCCUUUUUGUUGGUUAAAAUAAUCAUGUUUCUUCUAGAGCUCGUCACAGGCUAUCUGUUAGGGCUAUAACCCUUCAAAAAUAUCUCAACUUAAGAAAACCUCAAGGGAGUUGGCGAGGCAGGGGGAGGGGGGAAUGGGGUGCAACACACCCCUACCAUAACCAAGUUGAGGGUAUGAAUCUGCUUAUACGCUCAAAGGUUAACUAUCCGAUUAUUUAUCUAGUUUGUCAAAGAGUCAAGUAUUUACCCUGAGCGUCGAUUCUAAACGAAUUCCUGUUUACUGUCACAUGGGAGACUUUGGAUGUGGAGGAGGAGGAUGGACGCUGGCCUUAAAGACAGACGGCUUGAAGGUACUAGAAAGUUUGGUGUUUGCAGCUGUCCUGACCGACGUUGUCACAAGCAGCUGGGUCUUUGAGACGGAGCGUGAUAACAUGCAUUUAGAGCUGUGUUGCCACUUUACCUUUCGGACAGGAAAACAAGCAAAGUUAAAGCGCAAUUCUUUCUUAUAUACAGUUAUUGUAAACCUAGUUUUCUAUCCAAUCUGCGGUUUAGGAGUGCACUGAUCGAUCGCUUAAUUAAACUUGCUAACUACCUUUCUAUAACCAGUUUAUGUGAAAAUACUUAAGGUAGUCUGUGACACGUUAACCAUUAAACUGAGAUACGGACCGGCCUUUGCGCCUUCUACCUUAAGAAAAUAUACUUGAGGACUAGGCCGCCCAAUACAGUCAAUGUACUCUGCAAGUUCAUUAACUAAUGAAAAUUAAAAUUUGAUUUCAGACAACAUUCCGCUUCAAUUCUCCACUUUGGAGUAACAGAAACACAUACAACGUUGCAGGUGGCAAGACAGGUUUUGACACUCAAGAAACAAAGUUACCAACCUACUGGAGUACAAGUUUUACCAAGAUCUGUCUCGGAAUGAGGAUCGGAAAUCAGAUUAGGUUUGUUCUUCAAAAUCAGACUGCCACCUCUCUUCACUCCCUCAUCUCCGACGGAGCGUUCCGUGCAACCAGCCUGGGCCGUCAUUCCUGGAAGGCGCUGAUUGGUCCUCAGGGCUCCUUGCAGCGCAACUGUAAUAGAGAAGGGUUUAAUGCUGUUUGCAGCGGAAAAAGUAAUCCUUCCAAAACAAGAAUCGGUAUCCUUGGAAACAACCAAAACGACUGCGGAAGCUGUGAUUCUAGAAUCGGAUUCGGCAUGGAGGGGGAGCCGGAUGGUUCCAUAAGAUGUGGAAUUGCGGCACGAAACAAAGCUGAUAAUGGGAAAAAGUUCAUCAACACGUUUGGAUACAUCCUGGUUCAAUAGAACAGAUUUUAUAUUGCUAUAAAUAAUAUAUAGAUUUAGCCAAGGCCAAAGCGGAGCUCUCGGAUACCCUUUUUUGAUAGCUUUCAGUUGACCAUAACAAGGAUGUCCAAUACCAAGUUUUAACACAGGUAUUAUUACGUGCCUAAAAAGUCAAUAUAAUUCAUGGAGAAUUAUUUAUAAGAGACAACUUCUGCUUUAAUAGAGGGUUAAACUCACAGCGAAAACAGUAGGGCCACAAGUUUUACUCAUAAUAACAUGCACAAGACUUCUAAAGCCAACACAAGUAAACUAGCCUUUCAGGCAGAUCAAAUGUUACUCUAGAUCGACUCCAAAUCCAUUUCCUGAAUAUGUAUUUCUCAUUUGUUCUGCUUGGCCUUGUCACUGUUCCAUUAAUCGUGAACAAUCAGCAAACACCUUGCUGUUACAAGCCGCCUGUAAGUAAUUGCAACUGUAAAAAAUGCAAUGCAAAUCAAGAUUUUCCAGGGUUGAGAGUCUUGUUGGAUUGACCACAACACUAUCUCCGGCCUAGGUGAUGCCGUAAAAUGUUUAGAGGCAAAGAUGGAGGGUCUCCUUGUAAUAAUCAACAAUCCUUUUUCUUGUCUGGUCUCUUCCCACCGUACCAAGGACUCCAAAACCAACAGGUAAUCUGCAACAAAAGUAUGAGUUAAUGUGAAUUUUAAGUUUUCUUCCUUUGAUUUUAAUAUCAACCAAAAUAUUUUGAAUUUUUGGUUAUUAAAAGUCACAAAAGCAUCAGCUGCUUUCGUCUCUUCUUGCAAGGAACAGUACGAAAAAGAUAAGUAAGGGACAUUUUUGAUUAAUUUCUAGUUAAAAACCAAAGUCAUUGUCUUAAUUAUUCAUUCAUAUAUUUAUGUUCGUUAUUGAUUCGUAUAUUUAGAGGUAUGUUUUUUUUUAGUUUUAUUAAGACACAGCAUUUUAUUUUUGGAAAAUCGAAACAAAUGCGACUCUUUAUAAUAGUUGUCUUAACCCUAAAUUGGUUUCCCCUGUGUGGAGUGGGUUAAGCAACCACCUGAACCAAAUCAUAUAAUAAAUUCUUGAUAUUUCUUGGCGGAGGCUGCCUAUCCUAAGGAUAUCGGAGACUUUGAGGCACCGUAAUACAAUACUGCUUUGGAGAUGAGCUUUGUAAAAAGUGCAAAAUGGGUCUACUGACCAUCAUAUGCUGACCAUUAUUUUUAGAAAGCAAAAUAAUUAGUUAGCAUAAGCAGAACAUUCGACGGAAUGAAAUGACAAUCGCAUUCUUUGCUAACUGACUGUUUUUUUAAGAAACGUUAGGGCCAUUAUAUUCUCUGAACGAUUAAUAUCAGUGUUAUCUGACGUAUCCCUCGAUCUUAGCUUACACACAUAUUAUAAUAUGACAAGAGAGAAUGAUCUAAGAGAGCGAAUCCCCCAUAGAUGACCCUCUUCCCUUGAAAAUUAUUGUCAAUCUAUUCUUGGUUCUGUGUCAUACUGCGUGGUUAUUUUAAGGACGCCACCUUAUUGGUCGGUUAGAGUGGCGUCAUGUAAUUUUAAACUUGGCGGGUAAUUCAUUUCACUGCCGAUCACGCACAGCAAGCGAUAUGACGUGCAAACUUGGUAUUACUUUCGUCGAAGAUUCAAAAGAUUUUUACGUGGAAUAAUCUGGCCAGAGUAGCUGACGAAUUGGGCGAAGAGGAAAACGGUCCUGGCUUGUGGGAGUUCGCCGGAGAAAGCGGUUCCGACUCGGCGAAAACUGCUUAUUGAGGACUUCGUUACAUCAAUAUAUAAACAACCAACGUCCUAUUGCAAAAAACGAUAACUGUCUCUUCCGGCGAUAUCCACGCACACCCGCGAGCUGUGAUACCGUCGUUUGGAUCCAACCGUGGACACGUAACAAGAAAAUAGGUUCAAAGUGGGUUCAAACAUGGAUGUUUGGCCGCCAAACAUUUGAAUUUUGUGAGGACGCUAGACAAAUGUGGGCACACCGCUCACUAUUAGGAAUUAACCGAAACCGGAAACCGCGCAUCAAAACUCUCUGGCAUCCAGGUUAGCGACUGUUUAACAGCUUGAAGCAUCUGUCCUGAUUUGUUGCUGCAAAACGAGUUGAAUAGGGAUGUUGCGCGUUUUACCCCAAUGUUUAAACCUGUUAACAACCUGAUUUGUUGCAUUAGACAGGCUUUAUGUAGGUGGUAAAACGCGCAACAUCGCUAUUCAACUCGUUUUGCAGCAACGUUGCAAGAAAAUGUUGCACGUUUUUUGUUGCCCGUUUUUCUGUAUCUUAAAUCGUGCCCGUAGCUUGUCACAGAAAUUGCAAAUGCUUCGUGCCAUCGUCAAUAUUAAUAGCUGCUGUUGAAUUAAUAGACUGCUUCAAAAAAGGGUUGGAGUGAAAUUAAAGUGGAGAGAGUAUAAGACCGCAAGUUUCACUGGGAAAUCAGGAUGACAAUAUGCUAUAAAGCCAACAUAACUGCAAAAUAUCAGGCAUAUCAAAUGUUACUUAAAAUCGACUGUGAAUCCACCUCCUCCAGAUGUAUUUUUCAAUUCUUCUACUUCGCCUUGUAACUGAUUUGUUUUACGUGAACAGUCAGCAAACACCUUGUUGCUACAAGCCGCCGGUAAGUAAUUGCAACUGUACAUGUAAUGCAAAUCAAGACUUGCCCGUCUCCUUAAAGUCGUUAGAAGCAAAGCUGGACAGGGUAGAGAGUCUUAUUGGAUUCAACAACAAUGCCACUGGCCUCAGUGAUGCCGUAAAAUCUUUAGAGGCAAAGAUGGAGAGUCUAAUUGCACUGGGGAAUUUUCGAGCCACAGGAAUUUUUUUUCGUUAUCAAAUUCCUUGUAUGAAUUUUUUUUAGGCGUUAGCAAGAAUUUUUUUUAGGGGUUAAUAGGCGUGCAUGAAUUUUUUUUCAUUUAAUUUUAAUUUUCCUUUGCGCGAAUAUUUUUUUUUUUUACUCCCCCACCCCCAUAUUGAGGCCCCGUAAUCCUAUACUGCUUGUGAUAUAUUAGCAUUAAAAAAAAUAGAAUGGACAUGAGCUCUGUAAAAAGUGCAAAAUAAGUCUAUUAUUGACCAUUAGGCAAAAUAGUUAGCAUAAACAAAACAUCCGACGAAAUAAAAUGACAAUCGCAGUCUUUGCUAACUGAGUGAAUUCCUAAGAAAAGUUAGUUGCAUUCUCUAAACCAUCAUGAUCAAUAUCAGUGCAGUUAUUUGACGUAUCCCUCGGUCUUGGUUGAACACAUAUUCUAAUAUGAUUCAUAGAAGUAUCGACCUCGGAUCCAAUGUCUAGAAUGCGAUUGUGAAGCUUACCAGGCAAUUUUCGGUGUGGAUUCUUUGGGAGUCUCAUAUUGUAAUUUUUAUUUGGAGACAGUAGAUUAUCACUUACAUGUACGUACUUACUCUUAAAUUCGACUGUUAUUGAACAGUUUCCGUUGUAAGCCAUGGAGAACACAAGUACCUCAGUUUUUCAGUUUAGUUACUACGAAAGUUUAAGUGUAAUAAAAAUCAUUUAUUUAAAUAGCUAGAUUUCAUCAUAAAACUAUGGACCUUUGCCAAAAACGAAAACCACAAAUAUUCCAAUAUUGCAGCUGUAGCUUCGAGAAAUUUAGUUCAGAAUAUAUUUCAAUUGAUGCGUAUCUUGUUCGGGGCUGUUUACAUGACACCGAGGCGACUUUCGCGCCGGCGGUAGAUCACUCCGGGUUCCCUCUCAUGGCACUAUAUUUGUUUAUGUGAUACCACCACAAAAUGUCAUGCCGGCGCGAGUCACCCCGGCGUGAGUUCACCCCGGUUGUUGUACCGGGGCGACAAUUUCACUCCGGUACGAAAUCUCGCAACAGUAUCAUGUAAACUCUAAACGACCACCCGUUUCGGAGUGAACUCGGUCUGCCGGUAGACUGGAAGGGGUAGCGCAUGCUUAACGUUUGCGAUUUUGAAUCACACGUGUAUUUAAUUAACAUGAAGUGUACCUUCAAAUAACGAGAUAUGAAAUGACCCAGUCAUUAUGUAAACGUGAUACGAAAUCAAAAAGUCAUCGCGGUAUGUAACUCGCACCGGUGCGAGUUUUCUCAUGUAAACACCCCCUUCCUCUGCUACCUGUAAUAUAAUCAACUCCUUUCCCAGACGUCAUCUAUGGGCGUUUCCGCCGGUUAUCGGAUUUUACGAUAUGUAUGUUAACACCGCUUUUCAAUAACAUGCAAACUUUAAACUAAAAACGUUAAUUAUCAACGGGUAGGUUUUUCGCUGCCGUUAACCAUAAUAACGACGACUACCAACACUCCUUGAAAGAAACAAAUUAAGUAACAAAAAAGUUAACUGAGUCACAGUUGUACUGUCUUGAUAUAUCUACGGUUGUAUAUGGCCAAAAUGACAUGUGAAAACGCUCUAACAUCGGGAAAUUGCUCAAAUCUCAGAAAAGGCUUAGAUUGAAUAAAAAAAUAUGAAGUUAAGCGAAAUAACCUAAUUUGCGCCGCUUAAUGGAGUAUUUGAGACUUUAUUCAGAAUUCUGGUUACCGUAGUUCUUUCCAUAUCUCACAUAUCAUCCUUUACAGAAAUUUUAUACUUUAGUAGUAAGCCAUUAUAUCGAAGUUUGUUUUUUUAAAUUUCAUUGUCUUGUUAAACGCCUUGCAGUUCAUCAAAGAGCCAAGUUUAUACUCUCAAGAUUGGAACCCUAGGAAUUCCUGUUUACUGUCACAUAAGAGACUUUGGUUGUGGAGAUGGGGGAUGGACGCUGGCUCUGAAGACAGACGGUGCAAAGGUUGUAUCUUAAGUCAAGUAACAACUAUCUGUUUUUUUCAGGUACAGGGAUGCCCCUGUUGUCAGUAAUUUUUUUUUUCAGUUUCAUUAGAAGUAAUAAGGGGUGGGAAGCCCUCGAGCCUCUCCUCUACUAGAGCUGCCACUGUAAAUGCAAUGACAGCCUCAGAAAUUUGUGGUUGAAAAAUCUGAAUUUUAAGUUACUUUUAGCAGUUGCUUCAAUAUCAAGAAUGACCUCAUCUUUCAAAAUUUCAACAGACGGGAGUGGGGAUGAGAGGUUUGAAUCACAGGCCCCCUGAGUUGGUCACGAAAUUUUUCUUAAACCCCUCCUUCAGAACUGGCUGUAAAAUUGAGUGAAAGGCAGUAAAGAAACAUUUAUGGUACGGUAAAACGGGCAAUAAAAGAACGUGAAACUUGUUUGGCGAGUUUGCUGCACAAUGAGCUGAAUAGCAAUGUUUUUUUGCGCGUUUUAACACCCACGGAAAAAAAAACGUGGCAAUAUUAUUUGUGCAAAAGCAGGUUCGCACGUGUUUGGUAAAACGUGCAACAUCACUUUUCAACUCGUUUUACAGCAAUGUUGCAAAACAAGUUGCACGUUCCUUGUUGCCCUUUUUACUAACGUACUGCUUUAGCUGACACACCAACUAAUAAAGAAGGCACGGAUGGACAAACUUGACAAAGAUAACAACGAUUGCGACUAGUAUUUAGGCUACAAUCCUCAUCAAAAAUCAUGAAACACUUGUGUGCGUUUUCCCUUCCCCAAUGUUGAUUUGGGAAUUACAGCGGUCUCCGUGCUUCAAAGUACGCGUGGCUCAACAUUGGGGAAGGAGAGGGCACAUUACAGUGAGAAAAAAAGUGUGAGGAGUAAAUCUCAAGAAUUUUCUAGAAAAUUCAAGAGAAGCGGUGUCUGUUUCAACGAUUUGUGACGAGUAUUGUAGCAGUUCUUCGGCAAAUUUUAUUUUUAUUGUUAGUAACUUUAAACGAUCGGUAGUCAUAUGUCGGUAGAAAUUUCUUGUUACUUCAAUAUACAUAGCGAACAACAUGGAAUAAUUGAUCAAGAAAGGCAAAGUGGAUUUCACUGUCUUGGGAUAGUCUCUUAAAAAUCCUUCUAAUCUGUAUUUCAGAGAACGUUUCGCUACAGCUCCCAGCUUUGGAGUAACAAAAAUGCAUACAACAUUCCAGGUGGAAUGACUGGUUUUGACACUCAAGAAACCAAGUUACCAACCUAUUGGAGCACGAAUUUUACAAGGAUCUGUCUCGGAAUGAUGGUAGACAAUGAGACUAGGUUUGUUUCCCUUAAACGGACUGCUGACUCUCUUCACUCCCUCAUUGCUGAUGAAGCCUUCCGUGCAACCAGUCUGGGUCGUGAGUCCUGGAAGACGCUGAUUGGUCCUCAGGGCUCCUUGCAGCAAAAUUGCAAUAGAGAAGGGUUUAAUGCUGUCUGCAGUGAACAUUGUAAUCCUUCUAAGGCGAGAAUAGGUAUCGUUGCAAAUAAUCAGGACUCCUGCUACUCCUGUGAUUCUAGGAUCGGAUUCGGCAUAAGAGGAUAUCCAGAUGAUUCCUUAACCUGUGGAGUCGCAACAAGAAAUUUUGCUGAUAAUGGAGACAAGUACAUUCACGCAUUUGGAUACAUCUUGGUUCAAUAG